AUGUCUAAGGUUAAUAAGGAAGGUGCCCAACAGACAUCUCUUCUUGAUGUGCUCAAGAAGAAGAUGCGUCAGGCCCGUGAGGAGGCCGAGGCCGCUAAGGAUGAGGCUGAUGAGGUCAAGAGACAGCUCGAGGAAGAGCGUAAGAAGCGUGAAGACGCUGAGGCCGAAGUAGCUGCCUUGAACCGUCGUAUUGUGCUUGUGGAAGAGGAUUUGGAGCGUACGGAGGAGCGCCUGAAGGUUGCAACACUGAAGUUGGAAGAAGCAUCGAAAGCUGCUGAUGAGGCUGAACGUGCCCGUAAAUCUAUGGAAACCCGCUCUCAACAAGAUGAGGAAAGAGCCAACUUCUUGGAAACCCAAGUGGAUGAAGCCAAGGUUAUCGCUGAAGAUGCCGAUCGCAAAUACGAAGAGGUCGCCCGUAAGUUGGCUAUGGUUGAAGCUGAUCUUGAGAGAGCUGAGGAACGUGCCGAAGCCGGAGAAAACAAGAUCGUCGAACUCGAGGAAGAACUUCGUGUUGUUGGUAACAACUUGAAAUCUCUCGAAGUAUCUGAAGAGAAGGCUCUCCAACGUGAGGAUUCCUACGAAGAGCAAAUCCGCACCAUCUCUGCCAGACUGAAGGAGGCUGAGACCCGUGCUGAAUUCGCUGAGCGCUCCGUUCAAAAGCUCCAGAAGGAAGUUGACAGACUUGAAGACGAGCUGUUGUUGGAGAAGGAACGUGUCCGUAACCUAACCGAAGAAAUUGAACAAACUGUUCAGGAGAUUCAGGGAUCAUAA